CUCUGCUUCAGGAAGAAAAAGGUUACACUGCAAAGACUUUGUUCUUAGGUGAAUGAUUGUAACAAGGUGUAUCAUCCUCAUGAAAGAGAUCCAUUUUUAGUGAAGACAUCAAGGCUUCCAAUUCCAGUAGAGCUAUGCUGAAAUACAGAGCAGAGAAGUAGACAAGAACUUGGUCCUAAAUGCCUGAGUUGCAUGAUGAACAUGGAGCAGAAGAAUCAAACCAUCUUUGCUGGAUUCAUCCUUAUGGGUUUCUCCUCCUCACCAGACCUCCAAGUGCUUCUCUUUCCCAUCUUCCUCUGUAUGUACCUACUUUGUCUGCUAGGAAAUCUCUUGAUAAUCUUGCUGAUCUUCUCCAGUACCAAUCUCCUCCACACUCCCAUGUAUUACUUCCUCUGUCACUUGUCAUUGGCUGACCUUGGAUUCAGUUCUGCUGCAGUGCCCAAAUUGCUAUACAACUUAGUGACCCAGACGAAAGCAAUAUCCCAUAAUGGUUGCCUGACACAGAUGUAUUUCUUUGUGAGUUUUGCUGCGACAGAUAACUUUCUCUUGGCCUCCAUGGCAUAUGACCGCUAUGUAGCCAUCUGCCACCCAUUGCACUAUGCCAGAGUCAUGAGCUUCAAGUACUGCCUUCUGUUGGCUGCUGGAUCUUGGCUCCUGGCUCACUCCCACUCUUUGUUGUACAUCCUGUUAGUAUCUAAUUUUACCUUCUGUGCUUCCCGAGAAAUCCCCCAUUUUUUCUGUGACCUCCAUCCUUUAUUGAAAAUCUCUUGUUCAGACACCUCCAUUGUUGAUAAGCUUCUUUUGAGCGAAGGAACAACCCUUGCUCUUGGGCCUCUGCUUCUCAUUAUUUUCUCUUACAUCUUCAUUGUCAUGAAGGUGGUGAAGCUUCCAUCUAAGUCCAAGAAGUACAAAGCUUUCUCUACUUGCAGUGCCCACCUCACCACUGUGGCUUUGUUUUAUGGCACUGUGAUAGGCACCUACCUCCGCCCAUCAUCUUCCUAUUCUGUCUCAAGGCUGAGAGUGGCAUCAAUAUUCUAUACAGUAGUCACCCCUAUGCUCAACCCUUUCAUAUACAGCCUGAGGAACAGUGAGAUACACGCAGCCAUAAAAAGACUGGUAAGGAAUUGGUUUUAGUGGAACCAGCAUCCUCAGCCAUAGGUACAAAUAAUCUUGCCUGCCAAUGGAAAGUUGCCCAAUGAUUCCUGGCAUUUAGAGUUUUCUGUUAUUCUCUUGUCUGUAAAAAAUAUAUAUAUAUAGCAAAGUGCAACCAAGCUUACUUUUUAUAUUAGCCGUUUCUCAACAUACAAAGGCUCCUGGAGAUCUGUCAAUAACAUUAUAAGCCACUCUGUUCCGUGAAGCAAACUUCAACUGUCAGAAAACACCCUGCUUUUGGACAGUUUAUUGUCUGAAAGAACUUCUGUGAUGCCUUUUGACAUUGGCAGUAUUUUUUUUUUUUUUGCAAGCUAUCAGAGCUGCUGGUCUCAUCACAAGGCAGGGUUUUCCAGUGGUGUUUGCUCAAAAAUAAAGUUUAUUUAUUUCCCUGGGAACAUUUUGGCCGAAGCGUAUGAAGCAACUAGUGUUUAUUAUUGCUUUUAAGGAACUGAUUCUUUUGCAAGGUAAAAACCAGAAUUCUCAGUGUGCUUAAUGUACUGUGUACGUUUGUGUGUCUCCGUGGGUGUUCAAUUAAUUAUUGGCUACUAUAGAUUUCUUGGCUACAUUUUUGUAUUUUCCUAUUGCCUUUCUCUUACAGAAAGUCACCCUUUGGACCUAAGGCAGGAUUAGAACUUAUUGAUCCCUGGAUCUAAUCUGGUGCCUUCAACCUCUACACUAAAUCCCUAAAUCUCCAUUAUUUUCUUCUUACAAAAAUUAGUUGGAAAUACCUAUUCUUGUUACAGAGGAAAUUAGAGAGUAUGAAUAAUUAACCAUCCUUCGAUUGGUUUCUCUACAACGUUACCAAGUUGGCUCUGUUUUGCUGAUUAAUUUCAUUUGCUUUUAUCCUGCCCUUAAAGAAGUCUCUUCUUCUUCUUUUUAAGGAUGGCUGUUAUCCAUAAAUGUGAAAUACUAGGUGUUUCAGUUCUAGAUUACAAGAGUCUGAAAUUAAUCACAGUGAAUCAUCAAUUCCUCUUCCACCAGAUUUCUGUCUUCCUGAAUCACAGCAUUUACUUUUCUUGCUGUCAGUCAGAACCAUCUCCCAGUGCCAAAGAUUUGCUGGUGAAAUCACAGGAUUUAUUUUAUAGGCUAUCUUUGAUUUCCUUGCCAUAUAUUGGGAAUUAAGUCCCUGAAUUUAAAACUAUCUGUCUUUUGCUAACUUGUGCUGUCUCUCUCUGUCUAAUCUACCUCACAAGGUUUUUGGGGGAAAAAUGGGAGGGUGAAGUACUCUCUAUGUUGUCUUGAAUUUUUGCAUGAAAUGUACGAUAUAAAUCAAGGAAACAAAUAUAUUACCUUUUGUUCAUCCCUACAAUCAGUAAAACAUAUUAUUCCUAUUUUGUUAAAACCUACGGGUUGAAAGUAAAUGUUUCAAUACAAAUACAAAUAAACUAUCAUGCAAACUGGUAACUGUAUCAUCAAUUGAUCUUAUUGUUUCUCUCAUAAUUAAUAAAGGGAUGAAAGUAUUA